AUGCGCCACAUGUCACAGGCCAAGGCUGAGCAGGAGGCCUAUUUGAAACAGCUGGAGGUGGAGGGGCGCGCCGAAGAGGUGUAUGGUCAGGGCGUGCAGCUGAUCGCGCCGCAGCCUUCGAUUGUGCUGAAGGCGCGGGGCGUUUCAGGCGCGCUCAAGGUGUUCAUCAAUGUGUGCACCAGUGACAAGGUCCAGCCGCCAACAAGAAGACCAUCUGAGGAGGCUGGUCGGCGCGGCGUCAUCCUGGAAAUCCCCAACUGCAUGGGAAACAAGCCUGCUGAAGGUUUUGACAACAAGGGCGCUGCUGCCCAGGCUUGGGACUUUGUGGUGCACCCCUUAGCGGUAGAUGAGGCGACACGUGUGCCGGCAGUUAUGGAGGCCCUGGUUGAAGCGGCCAAAGAGCACGUUGCCAAGGCCUCCGGGACACAGCUGUUAGCACAGCACAAGGUGCUGCGGUGUGCCUACAAGAGUGUCGUCAACGGUGUCACAGGGUGA